GUUAUAGGGUCAUAAGAGAUGUCGUAGCAAAUGGCAAGCAACGAAACGACUACCGAAUGGGCGGUCGAGGACUCGCAACAACUUCUGCACCAUGCAAGGAUGCUGGUCAACCUUGUAUGCUGUCUGGCUGCAGUUCUCGGCAUUCCAGCAAAUCUGUUCGUACUGAUAGCCAUUUUCUACUUUCGCGAUAUGCGAACCAUAUCAAACAUCUACAUUGGAAAUCUGGCUGCUGCUGAUUUACUUCUUCUGGCUGGGACUCCUAUCGUGAUUAUGCAGUCAAUAACUGAUGAUUGGAAUUUUGGCACAUUUGUGUGUAAAGGAUUCAUCACUGGAAAUGGGAUUUCCCAAUUCGCAUCGGCGAUGUUCAUCGCAGUACUAUCUUUUGAUAGAUAUUUGGCAGUUUGUCGGCCGACCCGUUCUUCGGUGCUGCGGACUCGGCGAGCUGCCACCGUUGUUACUGUUAUGACAUGGGCAAUUGUUGUAAUUGAGAAUAUGCCCUUAGCUAUGUUUGUACAGGUCACACCACUACGAGGGUCAGACCCAGGUAAACGCAAGUGCCUUCUGGUCGUCAAGGACGAAGGGGCAGCUAUGCAUUUUUCACGGGAAUUCUUUACAUUUUACACUUUUACACUGAGUUAUCUACUGCCACUCAUGGCUAUUUGGUUCUUUUACGCGAAAAUUAUACGUAAACUCUGGAGGCGACGCCAACAGAUGCAUCUGAAACGAAAAAUCUCGAAACGAAAAACUACAAAGGUGACUAUUAUGGGUCUUUCGAUUGUCAUAUCGUAUACGCUAUGCUGGUUGCCAUAUUGGCUUAUUCAAUGGUCAAUAGUGCUGAAUAUUGGUUGGAAUAUGAAUCUGUCGAUACUAACAUGUGCUUCAUAUGCGGCGUUUGCGCUUCUCUACAUAAAUCGAGCCGUCAAUCCAUUCAUAUAUGUGUUUCUAUCGGAGUCCUUCAAAAGAAAUGUACGGCGGUGUCUGAAAGAAGGAAGUUCAUCAGGAAAAUUUCAAUCGUUUCAAUUUACAAGUCUCCGAGCUCGUCUACAAAAACUCGACCCUCCAUCGAAAAGCCAGCAACAUGGCGACGACGCGAAUGCUACCUCUGUCAACCAACGAAGCAAGUGAUUCUUUGUGAAUACAGAUUGUUAUAUGCAUGUGCGUAAUAAAUAAUAUUGUACAAAGCCU